UGGAUGAUGAGAUAGUCGCAUACAGAUGAAACUGGACAAGACAAGUUCCGCCCAGAUUUACCAAGGAUGCCAAGCAAGUAUUGCCCAAUUGAACCUUGCUCGAUAUUUAAAGCUGGGGCAGAUCAUUACGCUAAAUCUCCAUGACGUUGGCUUGCGCUUCCAUCUAUGUUUUCGUGAUUCCUUCUCCUCCAACAUAUCUCACCCCCAAUGCCUCCAUACCAAUGGCUGUGCCUCGAUAUGGAGCCAUCGUCAACAUCGUCACAAUCAUCGUCUUCUUUCCCUAUCUCUGCAUCUCCAUUUGGCUUAUCAUCCGCCAAGGUCUCGGACGCAGUUGGCCAUGGGUCUGGCUGAUGCUGCUCGCGCUUUGCCGGCUCGUACAGGUUUCCCUCGAUCUUGCUUCAACUUCGCUGUAUGAUCCUAGGAUCGUAGCAAAUACAUCAUUCCAGAGCGGUGUCGCAAUCCUGACUUCGAUGGGUCUUACGCCGUUGUUUAUGGCGACCUCCAGUCUGCUUAACUCGACAACAAAACCCAAGGGACGACGUAUGCAAUGGCUUCUGCUUAUGGUACACGUUCCGCUACUCAUCUCGUUCGCCCUCAUUGUUGCCGGCGGCAUCGAUGGUGAUUCUCGCGAUGGACCCAGUUUUACAGCAACUGGCUCAACGAAAGCCGGUAUCUGUCUGUACCUAGCGUGUUUCGUCAUUUUGAUCUGGGCAACGACAGUCAUUUCAGCGCGUCUGUACCUAGCAGACUCCAGUGAGGUCAAAAUUCUCACUACCGUUGUUCUCAGCUUGCCGUUCUUUCUUGCCAACGUCAUUUACAUGAUGUGUUUCGCCUUCGAGAAGCAGUCAGGAUCGCAGCGUUUCAACGUUAUUAGCGGCAACGUUACAAUACAGCUGUGCAUGCAAGUAGUCAUGGAAUACGUCAUCGUUGGUCUGUACCUUGGCCUUGGUCUCGAACUUCCUCGGAAAGCCGCCAAACUGAAAGAGCAAGUCGAAGAGAUGAGAGAACAGGCAAAAGAAAUGGACGCUGCGGAGUUGGAGCAAACAAUCUUGUGGAAGUUGCACGAGUGGAUGUCUCGGCUUGUUGCGGCAACGAUCAUGCCUGCGCUACAGUUCUCGCAUUGGUUUCUAGGGAGGAUAUUACGGUCAUGAGAUGCAAAAUUUCUCAGAUUCAGACCCUAUUGUGUUGCGGAGCAAACUUCUUACGAUAACGUUCCUGAGUCAACGGCUUAUGACCGGGAUGGCCAAGCCAUGUUAAUUACUAGGGUCAAAUCUCGCGUCAAGAAAGCUUAACUCAAAAUCAUAUUGAACGCAUACAUCAGUUCUUGAGCCUACUCGACAAUGCGCAACCCGACCAUUUCGAAAAUAGGGAGCCCCAAAGGCACAUUAUUUGCGCCACGCAUCCCCUCGUGUUUAACGGGCGUUUGCUUGAACUCAUCCGUACUCAUUUGUUGAACUGCCAAUUCUUUUGCUGGCUGCACGCACUGCUUGACUGCAUCGAUUCGCUCUUGAUCUUACCCGUCGUGUCA